AUGUUCGUCAACCGCCUUUUCCUGAAAGGGUUCGCCGGGUGUGCGGCAUUCUGCCUCCGUGAAAUGGGGCCCCUCCUCUGGCCCACCGGGGUGCUGCGUUUUUUUCUUUUUCUUUGCGGCUCCGGAAACCGGAAGGGGCUCGCAAACAUGCUUCGGACGAAAUUUUCGUGUGCCGAAAAAGUCGGUCCCUUUCGCCGUCUUUUGUUGGGUUUUCGUGUGGUUUCGCCCUUGAUUGGGAAAACCGCGUGGGCGCCCGAGGCCGUCCAGGGUUUUACGGUAUUUUGUGCGCGUGUUUUUUUUUUUUUUUCUCGUGCCGUUUUCCACCCUGAGCGCACCAAAGCGCCAAAUCAACUGAUAACGAAAGGUGGGCUCCCACCUCGGCCCGCCACUUCCCAGAGGGAAGGUUUGAGAUUGACCCCGCCCCCCACCCCCAACAGAAGUCGCGGAGGAUGGGACCCUUCUUUGGUGCAGCGGGGUUCGUCAUCCCUGCCCGGCUGA